GUCCUCGCACACCACAGCAUCCCGAGCGCCGUCCACCCACCACACCGGCGAGCCCGCGCCCCACCACCCGCCGAGCCUCACUGCUUACCCAUCCCCCCGCCGCACCACAAAACGCCGCCUCCCAACACUCCUCCUGACCCAGUGCCGUAAACCUAGUCCUCCCGACGCCGGAUUUUUCCAGACCCCUUCCAAACCCUUCUAGCGCCCCCGUCGCACCCGCCACGCCAUGGAGCGCGCCACACCGGCGAUGCAUCCCGUGCAGCGCGCGCCGGCACCCUGGACACUGGGCGCCGAAAGCUAUCUGCUGUUUCUGAAGCUGGGCGGUUUGCCGGCGGGGGUGUAUGAUGCGCUUGAGGCGGGCUGGAAGGAUGAGGGUCUGGGACGGUUUGAGGGCGGGCUGGGCGGAGUGAUGAUUGUGCGGUACACGGAUACGCCUGUUGGCCCGUACGAUGAACUAAUGCUCAUACCUGGCAACUUCAGCGUGCCACACCCUUCAUCUGGCCCACCCAAGAUCCCCAAGAAGGCCUUGCGAAUUGCUCGUAUCUACGUCUCCCAGCGCACCACGACGUAUAACGGGCGUCUAAACUGGAACAUCCCCAAGCACCUUGCUCGAUUCUCCUUCUCUGCACCUGUCACACCAGCCGCUGCCGCGCCGCCGCAAGACCUCACUGUCAAGGUCUUUGCACCCGGUACGCAGGACGGUGACGGAGUAUCACCGUUCUUCGCGUGCAAGCUCACGCCGUGGCGCUGGGUUCCUGCCAUCCCCUUCAAUAUGAGCUGGGCGCCUGUCAGCAUGGUGCACGUCCAGCCUCCGAUCCCAGAACCAGCAGGGCGCUCCAGGGCUGCUGCUGCAGAGCUUGAAGACCGGGAGAGCGGGGUGCAGAUCGAUCCGUACGACAUCAGUCCGAAGAACGAGGUUGCGGUGGCUGUCGGGACGGACAGGUGGUGUGCGUUUGAUAUUGGUGGGAAGGUGCAGAGAGCGAGGGGUUGCUGGGUCGAGGUCUUGGGAGCGGCUGGGGAAAAUAUCGAGGGGGAUAGGUACUGGCCUAGGGGGGUCAAGCCAUGGAGCUUUGGUGGGUGGUUGGAGGAUGCGGUGCUGGAGAUUGAGGAGCCGCUGGAGUGGAAGCUCUAGUUGCGUACCUUGAGCUCAUUUUCUGUCAUUGCGGCCUGUUGUCACGCUGAAAUUGAUCACAUCCAAGGCGCGGGAAUUGUAAAGUGAAGGAGACGGUGUCGUCCAAUUCCACGUCUGCCAU